AUGGAAUGGGCGGUUUUUUCCAUUACUGAUGUAGACAUGGUCGAUACAUCACAUCAACCUGAACAUGUAUGUGAAGAUGAAGAGUUAUCUUUCGGCUAUACUCCAUUACCUACAAGACAGCAACCCGAAGAGUUAGGCAGGGGAAAACACGUGAAAAAGAGUAAAAUGUGUGGAACUGGCGGUCAUUUACGUAGACAAAAAUGA